AUGACGGCAAUGACCACCAACGCUUCUCCUGAUUCGUCACCCGUUGCCGGCAGCAGUGUGGCCAGCAGCAGUACGGUGUACAGGAAUCUCCCAGCGGAAAAAUUGUUCCUGGGCACUGGCUUGGAGAAUGUCACGCGAAGGAAGCCCAAGCGAGGUUCCGACAGUGUUUUCAUCUCCGGGCCACUGGCAGGUGGAGAGAUCAGGUUUUCCGGCGAAUUCGAUGCUGCAGGUGAAGAGGUUCGCCAGCAGCUUCUUUCCGUCCUCGGCUUCAGCGCCAGGUCCAAGGUGGAGAAGAUGCUUGGCUUUAGCGGAGGUCUCAAUCAUGGCAUUUGGUUCCUGUCCGGGACCUGUGGCGAGAGUGGAAGCGACUACGAGGAACUGGUGCUGAAGCUGGUUCGGUGCCAUCGCAUCGCCGACAAUGUUCCCACAGAGGCCGAGAACCUUGUGAAGGUUCACCGCGAGCACUCAAGCAUUAGUAAAGAUGAGAUCCUCGCCUUUCCCAUCAAAAUAUUCAGCUGUUUCGAUGGUCCCACGAAGAAGCACGAUCUCAUUGUGAUGCGAAAGGUUCCAGGAGAGCGGCUCGCCGAAGUCAUUUGCAGAAAGUUCUACAACAACCAGUUGACUUUGCUGGAUGCCAUUUUCGAGAAGCUCGGUGCGACUCUGGCUUCGUUUCACGAGCGCUACGGCAAACAGCAUGGGGACUUUCAGCCCUCCAACAUCUUCUACGACGAUGCCACGGACGUUGUUUACUUUAUUGACAUCGGCGGCAUGGGACUUCCGACGUCGGACACCGAUGUGGAGCUUUGGAGAGCAUUUUCGAGGAGCGAUGACCCUUCUGGCGGGCGCCUACAGCCCGACAUUGCACGAAGAGCUUGCCGAAGCCUUUCAAAGAGGCUAUGGCCCUGCCUGACACUGGCGUGGAAUUGGGGUGCAGGCCCCGUGUCCCUGAAUGCAUCCGGCUAG